GGCAUAUUAUCUAUGCGUCUUCUCGUGUAUCUUAUUGAUGGUUUCUAACAUUUUGUUUACAGAGUCCCUUUGCUACAGCCAAGUAAAGUUAUGCACUCUUAAAAGAAGAACAUGAAAUGGGCCAUCAGCACCUACGGCACCAAUGGAACCAUGGCGGGAGCGAGGAUUUGUACCGGACUCAGACGAGGAGGAAGUGUUCGAUAGCCAGAAUUCAAGGAGAUCCAGUAAGGACGAUCGGGCUGAAGAUCAUCUGGCGCCUGGAGAUGGCGGCGAAGGAGCGUCUGAUGUGGGAGAUAGUACCGUGGCUUCGAAAGAUGGUGGGCAGAAGGAUGGGGUAGUUUCUUCUGAGAAUGAUAAUCCGGAUCGUCUGGGAGGUGUCAUUUCUAAACCAUCUGUUGUCAAAAAUGGUCAUGAUGUCGACAAGUGCAAUUCAAGUGACAAGGAGGCAGGCCAGGGUCACCGUGGAAACACAGUGGAGUCACAGAGGAAUAUUAUGGAUGAGGAAGAAAGGCCAGAAGCCCAUGCUACUCAUGCAGAUGGUGCAGGGCAUCCUUCAACAUCUCCUGAAUUGCCCCCUAUUCCGGAUGCGAACCUGCCCUCGACACCUCUGGCGAAACAACCGAUUGACAUAUUCGAAUUUCCAAGUUCUUCUCCUGACGUUCUCCAACUUAAUCAUCACAUAUCGAAUGAUUCCGUGCGAACCGGUGAGGGAGGCAACUCCCGUGGAGAGUUGCUGGAUGCUAAUGGUGACUCUUCUCCUCUGUCAUCUCCACCUUCAUCUCUUGAUCUUUUACGUUCAAGUCCAGAUGGUGACGAAGCAGCGGUACAACAUUCCAAUAACGAUCUGGAAAAACUGCUUCCUCCACUGGAAGUCGACGAGGAUAUACUACGAGAAUUAGAUCAGCCAAUGCGGAGAUCCCUGAGAGAGCGCAAUCCCAUUCAAUUGCACCCGUACCUCCUCGAAGACGCCCGGUAUCGACGUCUUAUGCAGGCCGGGGGGGUAAAACCAGUGCAAGUCUUUAAGCAUCUACCCGACGGGACGCGUACACUGGUGGAUGACAGCCAAGGGCAAGAAUCCGUUAAUGCUGUUAAUUCCCCUCCGAGCAGUUCCGUGAUGGACUUCCAGUUUCCACCUUCCUCUCCCCCGGUCCGAACAGUAAUUAGACAAAGGCAGCGUCACCUCACUACUAGGCGUCAGGCCGAACAACACAGCCCCACUACAGCUCCUGUUCCUAGGGCAAAGAGACGAAAAUUGCUUUACCAAGAGGACAAUGGAAACGGCCGGCAAUGGGAGCAUUCACCCAGACCUCAUAUGGUUAUUACCCACACAGCAUCCCCAGCGGAAGUUGCAAAUGACUCAAUUUGGGAUAUCCCCCCUACCCCAAGUCGACGGGGAAGUUCCUCCUCAACCCAAAGUACGCAUUUCUCUGGAUUCCGAUUCCCUCGUGGCUUCACGCCACCGGUGAUGACUACGCCUAUUACAGAACCCACGCCGAGAGUCGAAAAUACCGAGAAUGUUGAUGAGUUGCAAAGUAUGGAUUUGUCAGUUGCACAAGAUGGUCAGGACCCUAUUGUUGUUGAUUCCACAUCAUCGGAGUCGGAGCCGAGCCUCGACGCAGAGGAUGAGCCAGGUGGUUCAGAGGCCAUUCUUAAGAAAUUGCAACGUAGGAUAAAAGGAGUUCUUCCAGCCUCGUGGCUCCGACUUGACUUGGAACAGCAAGUGAAACGCACAAAGUCUAGCCAACAAAAUCGUGACACAGCAUUUCCGCAUAGGCCGGAGAAUGUUAAGGGAGUUGCCAGGAAGAUAACAAAGACUAAUUCCAGGGCGUUGCAAAGUCCCAGACGGCACACCCCGAUGCGCCUUCUUGAUUUUGAUAAUGAUAGCCAAGAGGAAGAGGAUGGCACAGAUGAUGCUACUUCCAAAAGCGACUGGCAGAGAGAAUUGACUACGGCAGUUCGGUUUGAUGAACCAUUUCAAAAUGAAGUGCUGGACGACGAUGAUAUUCCGGAAGAUAAUCGUAUUGAUAACAUGUUCCCGCCUGUCCCUAGGGGCACGACGUCACCCAGCGGAGAAAGACAGGGAGUAAAACGACGAAAGCCCCAAAAAUACGGGACUAGCGUUGCAGGACCCUGGAAGCGACCCCGCAUGAAACGGCAAUCUAGGAUCACCGACUCUAUGCGUGGAGGAUGGAAGCCGAGAUGGUCAUCUCCCAAGCCGCCCGGUCUUGGUAUACUGGAUGCCCCGGAUGUUGCUGAAAAGCCUCGACAGGAGCAGCCGCAAUUCAUCAGAAUUGCCGCGCGAAAGGCACGAUCUCGUCGGGACAGAGGGAGACAUAGCCCUACUCGCAAGUUCGUUAGCCUUUCCUCAAAAAGAGAUACAGAAGAUGCGAAUGCGUAUUUGCGCGAAUGGCGAAGGGGUGCAAUUCUCCAGGCAAAACCUACAGAAGCGCACCCCGUGCCUCGGGUACGCCAGCCGCUGAUAGAUCUUUCUACGAACACGCGAGAUGUGUCCGAAAGUGUCGACCCUCAGGAAUCAGGUGCGAACGGCCCUCGAGAUUUUGUGCCCCCUUUACCAGCAGAUAAAGAUAUCAACAGAAAAGAAGCCUCACACCUGGACAUUUCUGCCCAAACUCAAAUUGCGAGAGUCAAUGUCACUGACAGAACACCCCAUGUGCAUCACGAGCAACGAGGAAACAAAUGGGUCAUCCGUAGAAACUUUGCCGUCUCUUCUUUGAAAAGGAACGUCCUUCGAUCUGCAGAGCCGGAGGUAGGCGAUAUCGGUGGAACCAGCAUCGCAUUACCAUCAUUGUUUAAACAAUCACUAUCAUUGCUUAACCAAGAUUACUGUCGUCCAAAGGGGUUUCAACGACGUAACUACAGCCUAACCCUAGAUCGGUUCCUGUCAGACAAUAUUCCUCUGGAGAUUGCAUCCAGCUGGCCGGCAGCCUCAAUUAACGGAUCCCGCGAAUCAAACAACGCCGCUAGGACCCGAGCAGAACCGCGGACUCGGAAAUUGAGGAAGCGCCCGCCUAAGCGACUAGAUCUAAACGCAGACGUGGCCAAUUAUGAACAGGCGUUAGAGAUCUCAUCUCAUCGAGAUUCAGAGCCUUCCUCAUUUGCGCAAUCGGAAAGCGCACGUCCUGAUUAUCGACCAAGAGAAUUGACUUCAUUUCAACUCUCGUAUACUCGCGACUUCAAAAUCGUUCCCCUGCGUGCUGGUACUUUUUUUCAUGAGUCUACAUUUGUAGGAAGUGGCGAAUUUGCGCGUUCCCUUGACGUUCUCGCUCGUGAUCUGGAUAAGAAUGCAGGAGUGUCAAUUAUUGAGGUUAGGGACCUAAAUCUACGCUGGGGCUCAUGGGAUGAUGCCGUGUCAUCAGAAUUGGGCAUGGCUUUCGAAGUGAUAGCCGAUUGCGUUGAAAAGAGCUCACACACUUCAAUGCAAGCAAAUCCUGAUAUUCAUGCUCGCCAAGCAUGCACUAUAUAUGAGUCGUUGAUCAAAUACGUCACCCAUACCUUAUACUUCAUUGAUCCUGUGGACAGAAUAGGAUUUGUGGAAAGGGUCCUGGGCCUCAUUUGGAGGCUGAAAGAGCGUUUGACGGAAUCUGCUCUAAAUGCUGGAGACAAUAGAGGAUGCUUUGUGAAGAUUGCUUGCUAUAACCUCAUCUUUUCGAACCAGGCCCGUCAAAUUGCAUCAUACGAUCUUGUCAACUUAGCUAUUGCAAGUGAAGCGUUGGAGCUCAUCAAGGCCACUUCCAGGCAACUAAUUGGACACGUUGUGAGCCAAGCAGGACUGAAGGAUAUCCAACAGUUCCUCGAAGAUAAUAAGCAUCCCGAACACCGCGGGGUGGGCCUUCAUGCUAGCAAUUUCUCUGUGGAAGCAUACGUGGUUACCCGCCAUGUACUUCACAGCACAGAUGAAUUGAAGGUAUGUUUCGAAGCGUCUAUUGCCGAUACCAUCUCAGACUAUACUGGCUAUCUGACCAGCCCGAUGGAUGUGCCGCGCCUGGAAAAUGGAUGGCAUGGAAUCUUUUCAACUCUGCCUCUCAAUGAAAUAGAUCAGUUUGGAAUAACUAGGAUUGGAUCGCGGUUUCGGGAGCGUCAUGACAACUGGUCGACUGUUAAGCGACUUCUGUGCCCGGUGCUGGACAGUUACAACGCCAAUCCUUCCAGGCAGCCCAUUUCCUUUAAUAACUACUGCCGGGCACUUUUCCAUAGAUGUUUUAAUCUUGUUAAUUGCUGGGGCUGGAGGGACUGCAAGUUUAUCUUGGAAACACUGUUCGACUUUUUUGCCAAGAAUGGCCUCUACAACCUCGACCAUGAAGAGGCGUUCGGCUCGCCAGCCUUCCUUGAGGAACUUGAUCGCGAACCAACUCUGGAGACCAGACCGGGGGAGCCAUGCUUCCAUAUUUUUCUGAAAAUAGUGGGAAGUGGAUUACGCUUUCUGUCCAAGACCUAUAACGAAAAGAAAAUCCGAAACUUUGCCUGGCGUCUUCUGCCAAACCAUGGUCGGGUUUAUCCUAAAGAAAAGCCCCUUCGACAUGAGGAUCUAGACGCACUGAGGAACCACCAUGAUCUUCUUUGUACCCUUUACUGGGCCGUUCCCGAAGCAUGCCGACCUCGGCUUGAGGCAAUAAGGAAUCUUGUGCAUCCUGCAUCCUCUCAUCGGGAAACAUGCAACAUAAGCUUACGGUCAUGGUCAAGACUUGUCCGAUUCAAGUUGUCAACAGGAGAGAAUGUUUCUGGGUUGGAUCCGUUCGCUGAUUGGCACAGUUAUUUUAUGGUCGAGCUACUGAAACAGCAUUCCCUUGCCCGGACUGAGGUUGAGACUCAAAGCAAUAUAGACAGUCUGUUCUCCCGCAAGAUGAUUGAGAGUACAAUUUCUCAAAAUCAGCGGCAGAUUGAGUCUCUACUGAAUACUGCCCUAGAGGGAUUGAAAACCGCAAUCCAACUGGCCCCAAAUCUGGAGCAUGCCCGGAUACUGGUUUCUAAGCUGCCCAUCAAGGCAGUCUUAGGGCUGUUUAACCCGAAAAUUGCUCGACUCAAUAAUGUUGUUCUGAAAGCGCUGCAGAUCAUAUUAUCCUAUCUUGAGAAAGAUAGUCCUUCUGCUUCCCCAGGGUCCCAAGCUUUAAUAGAUGAAGAUAGUCAGGAAUAUGGGGAUUGGAGCGCUAUUGAAGCGAUAUAUGGCAACGAACCGUCACUCUCAAAUCCAGGAGUUGAUCAUAUCGAGAAGGUGUUCCAUCCUGCUGUCUCUCGUCUUGUCUCUGAUUGCUUCGGCGAGGACCAAUGCCCAGAUGAUGCGAUUCUGCUGGGGGCUGUGGAUUGCUGGACUUCCGUUGCGCAUGCUCUUGUUAAGCAUGGUCUUCGGUACUGGGAUAGCUAUGUUAGCGACUAUGAUGCAAAUUCCUGGUUAAUGCUUCGAGGAACUGUACAGACUAGGAAAUUCACACCGCAGUUUCUUGCUAGUUGCAUUGGCAGGGAUGCUGGUUUCCUGUCUGAAUGUAAAGCUCAGGUGCUGUGCAUGUGGAUGUCGUCCUUGGUGGAAAGGUCCUCAAUGUUGAAAUUCCAACACGUUUUAACAGAAGCGCUGCUGAACCAGGAUCCCGAAAACCCACUUUUCAAAGACCUCCCUUUCUUGAGAGAUCGGAGGAGCGGGCGCAUCACCGUCUCUCUGCAGGAUCUCAGCCAGCGUAGGCUAUCACUUAUUUCGUCUCUUCUGUCCAAUAUGCGCAAACAUCUUGAAGAGAUCGAAGAUGCGGAAAGGCUUCGUGAAUUCCUAAGAAUGAAACAAGAGUAUAAGGAAUUUGUUGAGAGACUGAUGCGAUCAAUGAAGGCAAACUACCAGGAACUGGGUGGUCCCGCCGAGACUGCGCAAGGAGCAUAUGUUGACUUUGUUCAGUGUGUGGUUGGAUUCUUGCAGCAGCAUGCCAGGGAUAUAGUCCCCAUCGAUCCGUUUUUCACAGAUCCUACGACAUUCCCUCUCCCCUCGACUGACCCUACAUACAUAGUGGCCAGAUUGAAGAGCUAUGAGCCCAAGUUAUGCGUGGAGAAGGUUGUGAGAACCUUAAUAAUUUUCAUCCAGGGUGUUUCAGAACGAGCUGCCAUUGACGGCCAGCAAGUCUAUCUUGUUGACCAACUGUGCGCGUCCAUGGCAGACACCUAUGAAGGUGGGAACCCGAGCCGACCAACUUUGCGUGCCACCUUUCUGCAAUGCAUAUUCCCAGCAUAUGUCGAAAUGACGUUCAGAAGUGCAGCAGCGUGGAUAUUAAGCCGGCCUAUUCUGCAGACUGUCUCUCUUGCUUUCAAGGACUUGCUUUUCAACAUGGAUACGACAGACCUGAGCUGCGUGCAAUCUGUCACGAGCAUCAUCUAUUCGAUCUUCCAGGCAGUUUACCAAGCCCUACACUUCAUCACGGAUGAUCCAGGUUUGCUCAAAGAGCCUACGGUGCUACUCAUUGCCUCAUCUUUCAUGGAAAUGAUGACAUGCGCCUUGCCUGUAAUUGACUAUGUCGAUCGAAUUACCAAUGCAGGCCAGAGAGUCAUUUCACAAAUUCAGGCUUUCCAACAAUUUGCCCUGUUCACCCUGUCACAACUGGGAAUCAAAUUCACGGAAGCCAAAUGUGAGAACUUCUCUUUGGCCCAAUAUUCGGACGCCUUCUUCAAAUUGGACACGAGAACAGGUACAGCCCCUGCUUUCUUCCAGGAAGCUCGUCAUCUCGCGUCCCGUGAACUGCAGGCAUAUGUGCAUGAGAACUGGUCAAGGCAUGAAGACAAAUACUACUUUACUCGACGUGGUUGUCAUCAGCCGCAGGAGGUUGAGAUUGAUCCAUCCUUUGCUUCAAGGCUGGAGGGUUCUCCUGAGACGGAUUUUAAGGAUAGUGUUGGGGUCUUUUUGGCUACGGUGGAAGAUCUGGGAUUGGUUUGUGAGGACGAUUGA